CACCACCACCCACACUCGCUCAGUCAGUCAUUGAAGACAGAGAUGGCUAAGCAAAGUUGACCAUUGGACCCUAGACUUCUUGUCAGCCAGAUGAACACACACAAACCAGCCCACAAAGCCAAGGCUAGGCAUCUGUGCUUCCUCCUCCUCAUGUGCUUCCCUUUGGCGUGGGGUGGCGUCCCUGGUCCAUGUCGGCACUCUGUGACAAAGGGUCACCUCCUCAACCUCAAUUGCCUGAUUGAUAAUCAGUUGGAGAAUGGCUGGUCAAUAACCUACGUGUUCACUGAGCGCCAGAGUUUGAGUGAAGUCUGUUACAUUAAAGCAGCAUUUCCACAAAUCCUGGAGCUUCUGAACACACACUUCAAGUAUGUCAGGAAAUCGGACAACGGGCGUUAUGUCAAACUCCUGAAAAGGGUCAUAUAUGACCUCUACUCCCAAAACUGCAUACCUGAAAUUAAUGAGGAGACUGAGGACACCCCCUUGAAGUUUGUCAGAAUGCACAGCACCUCGCCCAGAGAUGCUCUGACGAAAGCCCGGGGGGUCAUUGAGAUGUACAUGACCCUGAUCACCAAGAGCAACGGGCCCGUCGACUGGAACUGCGAGGAAGAGUAUGCAGAGGAUUACCUAGAAUCCACCACUGCCCUUCCCACCACCACCGCAGCUGAACCUGAACGCCAGUGUACAUGUCCAACAGUGGGUCCGGUGACCCCUGAUGUCUCCCUGGUGUCCCACAGCGUAUGGAGCAGUCCUCCACAGCCCACCCUCUCCCAACUCACCUCGAUUGUGCCUCCCAGGCCGACUCAUCCAUCCCUGGGUACCAAGGGCGCUGAGUCCCAGGUGUUCCUGGUGAGUUCUGAUACCGUAAGACCCCCCUUCCCCAGGGAGCUGCAGCAGACUGUCCCCGAUGGACGUUCACUUGGAGGGGGCAGAGAGGGGGAUAUACACUUGGACUUUCGUUCAUCUUCAUCUAAUGGAACUGAGUCAGAUUCUGCACUCUACCAGGCAGUUGCUGACACCCCGUCUGCCACGAACGACCCUUCCCCGUCUUCCCCUCCUAGUCUGGUUCUCCUGGGGACCGUUGGCUCCCAUGACGAGACAUUUUACUACCCCCAGACUGAGAGGAAAAGGGAGACUUCCACAGACCGACCAGCAGGGAGAGAAGCAGCAGGCUCACCCCACAGUCCCUUCGCUGUUGCUGGGGCCAAGCUUGUCACACCAGUCCCUUUCCUUUACAAGUUGAUUGGCAUCACCCCCAGUAGUGAUGAGAGCACUGCCUAUGUGUUGGCCAAGAGGUCGCUGGAUGCCAGGAACUAUGGAAUACUUCAGGAUGGGGUUUCAACAGAGACCCCUCAACUAGAGGACACUAGAGAAAAAUACCCAGGCUCAGAGAGAUAUUUACAUGACUGGAACCCUCCGAUUGAAAGCACUAUGACCGAAGCAUCUCCACGUUUGAAGAUGACAGUGGAGGAGCCAGACAAACAACACACAACUACAGAGGCACCCGACCAAGUCACGAAGACUGAGCCAAACCAUCCUAGGACAUCUUAUAAGGAAGUAUUCAGCACAGAUAUCCUGUCAGAGAGGACAGAUGUGGACGAUGCUCCUAUUUCAGAAAGGUCCAAUGAAGGCUCAGUGAAGGAAUUCCGGCAUGGGAAAACUGGUCAUUCCGAUUCAAGCAUCUCCUACCAGACAGCCUUUAUCAUUGCAGCAGUGUGCGGCGGACCAAUCCUGAUCAUAACCCUAUUCUGUCUCAGUGAGAAGAAGAGACUCCAAGCCUUUAUCCACAGUACCAGCAUAAUUGAAAACCAGAGGGCAUGCAGCAGCAUUGAGGACAUUGAGCUACAAUAUUGUAAAGCCAAGGAGUGAGAGAGCUGGAUUGGUUUUAUCUGCCAGUAAGAGAUCAACAACCGCGUAAUUCAUCAAACAAGAGAAGACAUGGAAAUUUGGCAACUAUUUCCCUCUUGUGAAAGUUUUCCAUUUUUGUAUAUAAAUAUAAAAAAAAUGUCUAAAGGUACCUAUUUUUAUACAAAUUAAGUUUAUAUUGCUUGAAAGAUUUAACAGAGAAUCAUAUGCUCUCCAAGUUACACAAUAUCUGCAUACUUCUGUUUUUGCUGUCAAAAAGGUUUGAGUGAAUUUAUCUGUUACACACAGUGUUAACUUGACUCUCAAAGACUGUUUGGACAGUUUCAUGCACACCACACACACAGCUUUGAUCUUCCAUGAAAUAGAAUGGACCAAACAAUCCUCUAAGUUUUGACCUAGUAGCCAUCAGCGCAACAGUGCAAGUCAACAUUAAACUAAAGGAAGUCUUUCCAUGUGACUGAAAGAGUCUCAUGACAUUGUUCAAUGGAGUUGGGCCCAUGAACCAAAGCAAUACAAGGUGUCAUCACCUCAAGUGGACAGAGGAUAUAUUUUGGGGGAUCAAUAGAUGAAAUACAAACAGAUUAAAUGCAAACAGAACACCCAUAGUUAUUUGUUUUGAGUGUACUCCCUACAUGCCAUGAGGGCAUACUAGAUUCAUUUGACUUCUGAUAUUCUCUUGUUUUAUCCCUACCAAAUGAAGAAAAGGAUUUCAACCUGUCUCUCAUGCCAUGAUGCCAAUGAAAUUGUGUUAUAAAACGGGUAAUUUGGAUACUGGAUGCUGAUUGGUUGAUAAGAGUUAGUUAUUCACAAUAAUCCACGACAAAUGCCAGUUCCAUUUGAAUUAUCAUUGAGCAUCCGCUGUCCUACAGCUGAGCCAGGCAAUUCAUAAACUUUCUAUCAGAGUAAAAAAAACAUUUACACAUUAUUUCCCUUUACUUCUAGCCUAUCAUUUGAUUUUCAACAGCGGAGGUUUAAACAUGCUUGUUUAUUAUUGCUUGAAAUAUUUUAGACUAUAGAAUACCUAAUCUUAUGCUAUCAAAGUUAGACAAUAUCGGCCUACUUCCCUUUUAUUGUGAAAAAGGUUUGAGGGAAUUUGUCAGUAAUUAUUGUACAGCAGUGGUCACUAACCUUUUGAGUUAAGAUCACUUUGAGUCAAAAUGCAAGCAGAGAUCUACUGCUUGGAUUAUUUUCAACAUAACUUAAAAAACGUAAGGCUAUGCAACAUUAACCUAUUAAAAACAGUACUGUUGCUGUAAGGUUUGUGUAGUAGGCUAUAGGGCCAAUACAUUAUCACUGCAUAUCAGCUUUGCUUGAAUUGCCUUGUCAAUUAAUUGUUGUUCAGUCCAUUUAAAAAUAAAAAAAAAUCAAUAUUUGAGGAACGCUAUAUGAUCACACCAGGUAAUAAAUAUUUUUAAUUUACUGGGCUGACGGUGCCUGCAUCUGAUGGUCAGUCUCAGCGGAGGGAGAGCUGCAGACUGAGGUUCCGCCUCUCAACGUCCCUUUGCUCUCACUUUCCUCCACUGACCAAAAUGGAACACUGUCUUCCAGCUGAUGGCAAAACUCGAGUCGCACUGCAUUAUUUCUGCCUCAUGCAAAAAUGUAUGUUGUUACUCCUAUGAACAGAGAAAGUGAAAUAUUCCUUUAUAUUAAAAAAAGACAGAAGCCGCUAAUUAAAACAAAACAAGCUAAUCAAUACACUUCCCUACUCAUUCAAUAGAGCUCCAGUAUUUGUUGUAGUGCAAGUGUUAAAUUACCCAGCAAGAAAAAACAAAAAUGGUCGCUCAAACAGAAAGGGGAACUUACAAAAAGUCACUGACAACAACCAAACAAAACAAGUGAGGUUUUAGGCAGGGUUUGGAAAGACACUCAUGGGGGUGUCCACAGAAAGUUGACUACUGUGACCUAAAAUACAGCCACAAUGAGCACCCACUAAAUUAGCCCAAGAAGAAGCAAAAAACAAAGAAAAUCCACAGCAAACGUAAAGAGGAACCAACCCAAAAAGCGGAGAAAAAUGAAAACAGGGACAAUCAGAUAAAGGCUUGUUUUUCGAGAAGAGAAAAGAAUAUUAGAAUAUCAACCAGUCGAUUGCAAUCGCCCGGUUGGUGACCACUGUUACACACAGUGUUAACUUGGCUCUCAAAGACUGUUUGGAUGGUGUCAUGCACACCACAUAACUUUGAUCUUCCAUGAAAUAGAGGAUUCUCCGUCACGGCAGGGGUUAACGACAUUACCCUACCCUGUCUCUUUGUUACUGACACUACCCUACCAUCAGACAUCUUCCAACGUGACUGAUAGAUACUCAGAGUGAGAUUCAGAGUUCUAGAGGGGAAUCACCCCCUUCUUUAUUACAAUGACAUCUGUGUUUUGACCUGCACAUGUCUCGCAGUGGGGAUAGUAUCCAUUUGCACAACAGUGCAAGUCAACAUUAAACUCAAUGAAGUCUUCCCAUGUGACUGAACGAGUCUCAUGACAUUGUUGAAUGGAGUUGGGCUCGUGAGCCAAAGUGAUACCAGGGCUGCAUUCCAAACACGUUAAUUUUACCCCGUCAUCCCUCGCGCUAGCCUCUUUCCCUCAGGGGAAUCCCCAUCGAAACAGGAUCCAGUUUGAUUGCCAUCUUAAGUGGAGGUUCAGUUCACAAACGUUGAAGAUAAGGUUUCAACCUGUCUCUCAUCCCAUGAUGCUCUGAUUAGGGUUGAAAGGCGGGAGCCCAGUUACCGAGAUGUACAUCCCAAAACCGCUCCCUUUCACUGGGAGUGGUUUUCGGAGAUGUCCACAUGGUCCUAAAGCACACCGUUGUCUUGUUUUCCAAUUUCCAAUUCCAAUGAUAAAACUUUGGAGGACAAUAAUGAAGAAGGGCAAACAUGCGAUGGCGGUAGGCUAUAGCAGUUAUUUAUUUAGACCCAUAACCAUUCCAUUUUUGUGAAGAGAAGUGAAAUCCUUUUGCAUCUAAUUCAAGUCCUAUAUUAUUCAAGGUUGUCAUUAGAAUGAUGAGGAUAAGGACAAUAGAACUUAUUUCAUUUAUUUCAUAUUUCAUUCAUUUCAUAUUUUUACGGGAGGAAGAUUCCUUGUAGGAAAUCCAAGCUAGCUAACGUAGCUAGCAGGUCUUGGUCCACCAUUUUUUUCCACGUGGAAAAUGAAGUCAUUACCUAGCUAUAGCUCUUCAGUUUCAGUGCAUCUCUUCACUUAACCCUUGUGUGGAGUGCAUGUUUUUGUUAUUUACCUAAUGUUCGCAGGUCUGAUGGACCCACGACAUUAUUGGGUUUUUAAAACAAUACAGCCAUAACAAUUUACGUAAAAAUACCUAAUACUUUGAUCUUGACUUAUAUCAAUUACAAGCAAUAUAGAUAUUAUACAUGGUUAAUAUUUUCCAUUUAUCUGAUAUUUUUGUAUUUUUUAUCAAAUGUGAUUUUUGUAAACAACAGUCAAUUAUAAUCAAGACAUUGGUGGAAUAAAUCAUGUUAUAUAAAUGAAACAAGGUUUCCAUCACUAUUGAUGUCUAUUGCUUCGAACUGAACAAAUUGAAAGGACAAAUUUAACAAACAGUAUUUUAUGGAAAUGAUAAAUGAGCCCCAUUGAUCACAAAUUAUGGACAGUCUACACACCACAUGAGGUAAAGAGUUUUACUGUGUGUGUGUUGCAAAUGUAUUUCUUACACAUGAUGCAUGUGUACUGUGUCUUCCUGCGCUUCUUCUUGUUGCUGCCAGCUGCAAUCUAGAGUGAUGACAACACUUCGUUCAGGAAUUUUACUAACAUCUUACUCACUCACUCACUCACUCACUCACAUAUAUAGUUACAGCAGGCCAAGUUAGGAGAGUCAGACACACACAAAUGCAACAUCACUCACACAUACUUCCGGUAUUGGAGUUGUUUGUUCUGUGGGUCGGGCAGGUUGGGCACCAGCAUCCUCCUCCUGAAUCCUCCUCAAUAAUUAACUGUAUCAUUUUUCUGUUAGUAAGCAUGAAAAUGGGUCCCUCAGACCCAAACACCACACAAGGGUUAAGUACAUUUACUUUUGAUACUUAAGUAUAUUUAAAACCAAAUACUCUUAGACUCUUUUAAUCAAGUUGUAUUUUACUGGGUGACUUUCAAUUUAGUCAUUUAUCAUUUAGUAUUACAAUUGGGUACUUUUUCCACCACUGCAGUACAUUAAUACAGUUCACACUCAAAAACAUUAGCCUACUGGAGCUAGUUUCUUGUAUUUACCCAAGUGAGCAUGUAGCUAGCUACACCUAUGGGCUUUAUAUUGUUCUGUUGUGUGUAAUGUGCAGUAGCCUAGAUCAUAUAUAGAUCAUGUAUUGGAUAACGCCACAAUCGUUUGGACUCUUUUGGGCUUGGGCUCAUUAAAUGUCUUUAUUGUAGGGCUCAUAAAAUGUAUUUAAUGUAUCAGCCUCAGGUAGCAUCAGGCUUUUCGAUCAAAGCUCUAAUCAAAUCCAGACACAAGCCUAUUUAUAUGCUUUAUAAUUCUUUUGAAUGACCCUUCCGGUUUUGGUGAGAAAUAUCGGGUUGUCCGGAAGAAAAUGAAUUUCUCUGGAUGGAACAUUUGUAAAAUGUUUAACCCUAGCGUUGAUGCCAAUGAAAGUGUAUGCUAUAAAAUGGGAAAUGUUGAUAUUGGAUGCUGAUUGGUUGAUAUGCGUUAUUCACGGAUUAUCCAUUUUAAUUAUUAAACAUUUUAAUUAUCACUGUGCAUCCACUGUCCCACAGCCCAGCCAGGCAAUUCAUAAACUUUAUCUCCACUAAAGAACAUUACCUAUUACUUCUAGCCUUUCAUUUGAUUUUCAAAAGUGGAGGGUUGUAUAAGCCUUGCUGUCUGCCUCUCCAAUCUGUGCAACAAUGUUGCAAUAGAAAUCAAAUCAACAUUUAUUGCCAUAAUUGAAGUUGUUUGUAGAGCCGUGUUGUACAAAACAAUAGCAUCACUGAUUGGAUCAUCUCUAACCAAUCAGAGUAUCAAAACGCUGCUUUACUCAAGUGUUCUGGCUCUGGCCCAACCCAUCAGUUUAUGGGACCAAUCAGAAUGGUUAGAAUGUGUUUGCGUUCUAGAAAUCGUCAGGGAGGUACUCAGAUCUCGCCUCAUUGCAGAGAAGAAACAUAUUGUCCAUGGGUGUGGCAGAGCGAUUGGCCCGAGCAAGGAGUUUUGGUAGCAAGCCAACCUUAGCCAUGGUUUAUUCACAAUAAUCCACUGGAUCUCAUGCCUUAUUGCUUAAAUAACCUUCUCUGUCAGUUUGUAUACUUCUGUUUGUGAAGUAAAGGAAUACAUUUUACCUUUUGAUAAUUGAGGACUGUGUUGAGAAACUUUUACUAGCAUUAGGUUUACACACUUAAAUAGAAACUGCAAUUCAAUUUUCAGCAUGUUACCUAAAUUCUGAAAUGUUUCAGUAUUACCUGUGCCCUGUAAUAAAUGCAAUUGAACAUCAUUGCAGUAAUAACCCAUGUGUUUCACCAUCGGAUUAUGCUUUCUUUCUGAUAAAAGUGAUCAUUCAACACAAUGUAUUAGAUAAUGGUAAUCCACACUAUCAUGUAUGUAUUAGAUAAUUGUCCCAAGAUCAUGUAUGUAUUAGUAUUAUAUAAUGGUAAGCCCCAGGAUCAUAUAUGCACUACUUUUAUUCUGUAUAAAAUCAUAGUAAUAAUAAUAAAAAAUGAUUGUUAAGAUUGA